GAACUCGGUUACUGAUUGGCUUCUACGUCUGUCGGUCAAGCUCACACAAGGUUGGUUGUGACGCAGUGAUUGUUGACGUGCCCCGUCAAAAGUCAGCGAUCUGCUGAAUCUGUACAUCCAUAACCGAACGGGAUAAUGAAAUAACGAAAAGGUCACCAUGCAGUUCCUGGGCCGUAUAAUCAAUACGGUGAGCUCCGUGACGACUCUGUUCUCCAACCCGUACCGUGUGAGGGAUGUGCAGCUGUCGGAUUAUAAUGGCAAAGUGCUACUGAAACAGGAGGGCAGACUGGUCCUGUACAGGAACCAACAGAGCCGUUCAUGGGACUGCCUGCUUCUCUGCCCUGAAUCUCCAUCUGUGGCUCUGAGGAUGUUCCAGGUUGCUUCGGAGGAAGACGCCAUGAAUUGGUUCCCUCAGUACGCCCUCAAACUCCGCCCAUUUUAUGAGAUGCUCCGCCCACCGCUGAAACCUGAAACGUUCCAGCCAAUCGUAGACUGCAUGCGGAAUCACCCCGACUGGAGCUCGGCUCACGUCGCUGUGGAUACUGGACUGAGAGACUGUCUCAAACACAAUUACGUUUUGAGUCAGAUGAAUGCCCGUGACGCCCAGGGUCAGACCCCGCUGCACCUGGCGUGCGAGAGAGGAGAUGUGGGCUGCGUGCGUGAGCUCCUGGAAGAGUGUCAGGCUCGCACAGACAUUAAGGACAAGAACGGAGAGACGCCCAUGCACUGCGCUGCUAAACAAGACUCUGCUGGUGUUAUAGAGGUUUUGUGUGCACAGAUGUGCAUGGGUGUGAAUGAGCUGAACGCCGCCGGGGAAACACCUAUACACAUUGCAUGCCGUCUCGGGAGGGUCGAGGCGGUCAAGGGCCUGCUGGGGGGCGGAGCCCGUUGUGACAUCAUGGGAAGCAAUGGCUAUCCAAUCCACACCGCCAUGAAGUUUAGUGAGAAAAGCUGUGCCGAAGCAAUUUUAAACACCAAUCCAAAUCAACUUCUGGCGGAGGAUCCGAUUUAUGGAGGAACGCCUCUUCACUGGGCCAAGACUGCCGAGAUGAGCCGUGUGCUGCUGGACCGAGGAUGUAAUAUCAACUACCUGAGCAAGACUGGAGAGAGUCCGUUACACAUCCUGACCAAGAGGGGGCGCUUUGAGGCCGCGAUGACAUUGCUGACACAUGGAGCCGACCCCAACAUUAAGGGUCAGGAUGGAAACACAGCACUGCACCUCGCCAUGAAGUUGGACCACAUGGACCUGAUCAAAGCUCUCAUGGUGUUUGGAGCAGAUGUUGAAGUUCACAAUGACCUGGGAGAGACACCGGGACUCAUCGCAGCCCGUACCAGCAAGGGGCCCAACCGUAAGGUGCUCUUGAACAUGCUGUGUAGUGUAGGGGCUGAGCGGUGUAACCCCCCCUCCCUCAACAGCCCUAUCCUCAGUGACAACAAAGCUCCUCCUCCUGGCAUAGGGUUUGAUGACAUCAUGCACGUGGCGGUAGCUGUCACGGCCAUGAGUCGUGGCUUUGCAGAGGUCGAUGGGCUCCAGACAGGAAGCAAGAAAAUGGACAGAUUGCUGUGUCUAGAUGGUGGUGGAAUAAAAGGACUGGUUCUGAUCCAGAUGUUGAUCGCUUUGGAGAAAGAAGCAGGACGGCCCAUCAGGGAACUCUUUGACUGGGUGUCUGGGACUAGUACUGGCGGCAUACUGGCCCUAGCUAUUGUACACGGUAAAUCGAUGGAGUAUCUGCGCUGUCUGUACUUCAGGAUGAAGGAACAGGUAUUUAAAGGUUCUCGGCCGUAUGAGUCUGGCCCUCUGGAGGAAUUUCUCAAGAAUGAGUUUGGAGAAAAUACCAAGAUGACGGAUGUCACUCACCCCAGAGUAAUGGUGACUAGCGUUCUUGCAGACAGACAUCCUGGUGAACUGCAUCUGUUUCGUAAUUAUGACCCACCAGCCCUGCAGAGAGACCCUCCGUACACAUCUACAGCCAAAUUUCAACCCCUUACUGUGCCGAAGGGGUGGGAGGAUGAAGAUCUUUUGGUAUUAGGAUAUACUCGACCUCCCAGAAAGCGUAGGAAGGUGACCGAUGAAGAGCAAUUAGUUUGGCGUGCCGCCCGAUCCAGUGGAGCUGCUCCCACUUACUUUCGACCAAUGGGCCGUUUUCUGGAUGGAGGGCUGCUGGCCAAUAAUCCAACGCUAGAUGCCAUGACAGAAAUACACCAGUACAACAAAGCCCUGAAGGCACAGGGCCGUGAAUCAGAAGUGUGCAGGUUAGGUGCGGUCCUCUCAUUGGGCACCGGUAAACCUCCUCAGGUGGCGGUGAACUCUGUGGACGUUUUCAGGCCUUCAAAUCCACUGGAGCUGGCCAAGACGUUCUUUGGGGUCAAAGAGCUGGGCAAGAUGCUUGUGGACUGUUGUACAGACUCGGAUGGUUGUGCAGUGGACCGAGCCCGAGCGUGGUGUGAGAUGGCCAAUAUAAACUAUCACAGGUUGAGUCCUCAGCUGUCUCAGGAGGUGAUGCUGGAUGAGGUCAGUGACGCUGUGUUAGUUGACAUGCUGUGGGAGACUCAGAUGUACCUGUAUGAGCACAGAGAUGUGCUGCAGACCCUCUGCCAGCAGCUACUGCAGCACUGACAAUAGCUUCCAGACUGAAGGCGAUGAAGAGGGUUUUGGUGGCUUCAUAUGCAUAAAUGAUUUAUCCUAUACAAUUAAUGAAUCUGAUUACAGUAGUGUGUGUACAUUGUUGUGACGUUCAAUUAAUUUAAAGGUGCUGUAUGUAAGUUUUUGACUCUAUUAAAACAUGAAAAUACCAUAAUAUGUUUGUAGAUAAAUCCCUUGUGCGGUCUUCGGUCACUUUUGACUGGAGAAUUUUACAUUUUGAAUUUUCAAAAAUUGGAGCUUCACCAGAAUGGUACGAAACUUGGUGACUUUUAUGGCACUUGGUAGGUGAACACACACACAAAAAAUUGAGGGCAUGAUUUGAAAAAGCUAAGUGGUUGUAAAAAAAAAAAAAAUUGUCACACACGGUCUUUGGCCAAAAAUGACUGAUCAUAGGAAAUGAAUGGGAAAUUGGGAAAAAAUAGAAAAUACAGAACAAUCCCCCACAGUGCAGAAAAAAAUUGAACAGCAAUGAAGGGGUGUAACUCUUAAAACAUUUAGAAAGCAAAAUCAACUCACUAACUCGCACAUGCACGUACACAAACACCUAUUAACUCGUAUGGCUGUAACACUGCAACUAUGUAAAGUAAAAUCAAUAAUUCAACUACAAUGCAGUAAAAAAGUGGACAGCAAGGAAGGGGUUACACUCUAAAACAUCAAGUGUGUAAAACAGAUACAUCCACUCACACACACUUACUUACACACACUCCCAGACACACACAUACAGCAUUAUACAUGCUAUAACCAUAUAGCCAAAAUAUGUCAGAAGAUUGAAAUAAGAGGGUAAAAUCAGAUCAGACCCAGAAGGAUUAAGCUCUGAUAAAGCUCAUUUUUGUUGAAUUUUUAUAGAAUUUUUAUGUUUUGUGUAACAAAAUGCUUUCUGUGUUCAGGUUUGAAUGUAGUAAUAAUAAUGCAGAAA